AUGAAAAAUACCCAAAGUAGAUUGGCGGCUCAUCAUUUCUCAAAUUCCAAUUUAUCUUGGACAAGCUUCACGUUAGAAGAACACUACCAACUACAUGAGAUGCUCAUCUUUUUGACCACUUUGAUUGAUUCUUUUCUUCUUUUUCGCCCUUCUUUUUCAGAAAGAGAAGGUCUAUAUCUACGAAAGAUGAGUAUUCCUGCUGGAUGGUUAUUUGACAACAAAGUUCGUAUACCGCUGUAUAAAAAUCGUGUUAUUGCACUAGGCCGAUUACCGUUGGAACAAAAUAACAGGAGAAUUGAACGUAUUCAAAUCAACAAUUCCCGUGUGUCUGCUACGCAUUGUUAUAUUUGGCAUAUUCAAUUUGAUUCAAACACAAACAGUAUUUGUUAUAUAAAAGAUGUUUCUAGAAACGGUACAUUGAUAGGCGGCAAAAAAAUGGGCAAAGGUAAUUUUUCAAUUCUAAGAAAUAAUGAUGUUAUCAGUUUAUGUGGUGGAGUACAUUUCCAGUACUUGGCCAAUACUGAAGCACAAGUUGUUGAAGUUGGAAAGCCAAGUAGUAUCAAGGAUUGGGUUAUAUUGUCUGAUAUCAUUGGAGUUGGGACUUUUGGUAAAGUUCAGAUAUCAUUUCAUAGAAAAGAUAUCGCAAAGAAAUUUUACGCUGUUAAAACGGUACAGUAUCGUAAGGAUGAUCGCAAAACUAGAGUGGAGCAUUACAUACUCAGUACAGUCAACCAUAUCAAUAUUAUCAAAAUUGAGGAAAGUAUCAUCGAUUUCAAGAAUGGGGUUCUGAAGAUGUUUCAAAAACUAGCUAUUGGCGGAGAUUUGUUCUCCUAUCUAUCACAGGAUGGUGAUGUCUUGCAGGGAUUGAAUGAAAGUGAGGCAGUAUUUGCAUUAUACCAAGUCUGCAGCGGGCUUUAUUAUUUGCAUUCUAAAGGCAUUGUGCAUCGUGACCUAAAGCUUGACAAUAUAUUGAUCAUGGGAGCACCUCUAGUGUAUCCACACUUAGCUAUUGCCGAUUUUGGAAUUGCCAAGGAAAUCCCCGUUGUGGCAACCCCCACUAACAAGGGAAGGUUCUACAUGAAAACUAUGGUUGGUACUGCAGAAUAUGCAGCUCCGGAAAUUGACCUAGGUGCAAAUAUAGUUAGAAAAAAGAAAAUGGGAAACAGAAAACCUAAAUUUAUUGAUGAUUUCUUCUUUGAAAAUUCAGGGGGUAAUAAAAGCGCCUAUUAUACUGAGAAGGUGGAUAGUUGGUCACUUGGGGUUGUGGGACACAUCCUCUUUAGUGGAGUAUCACCCUUUUACAGCACCACUGUUGAAGAGAUCAUCAACAAGUCUAAACUAGGUAAGAUUGAUCUUGGCACUUCGAAAUGGAAGGAUGUGUCACCAAUUUCAAAAAUCUUCAUUCAAUCCUGUCUACAGGUUGACUCUUCCCGCCGAAGUAGCAUUAGUGAGUGUCUGAACAAUGCCAUAUUUACAAGUGGUGGACGUAAGGAGUUGAUGCAACGUUUACUUAGAGAAGCUAUACAUCGGUAA